GUGGGCUGUGCUCACAGACAGAAGUCUCCUAGCAAGAAAAAGAUAAGUGGGAGCUACAGAGCACAGGGAAAAGUCAGACAGGAGUUUAGAAGAAGGCUUAGCAGCAGGAAGACUUAGGGAAGUUCCAGGAAAGUGUAAGAUGGGUUCUGCUGCUGUCUCCUGUAUCCUGCUCUCUGUGCUGUCUGUGUAUUGGACUCAGUGGGUCUGGGGCCAGGAGCUGCGGGAUGGAGAUGCUCUCUGCAAUGAGGAAGGCUGCUUCGUGAUCUACUUCCAGCGCAAGACCUUCCUGGAGUCAUGGAAGAGCUGCAAAGAAAAGGGAGGAAACUUAGCCACGGUGAAGCGGCCUGAGGAUGCAACGAUGAUCGAGGCGCUGUUCUCUGGCGUGGAGCCCCACGGCUCUCGGGCCAAGGUACGAGUGUGGAUUGGACUGCAGAGGCAACCCCGGCAGUGCUCGGCCACCAGGCCGUUGAGAGGCUUCACUUGGAUCACAGGGGACCAGGACACCAAGUACACAAAUUGGCUACGGGAGGACUCUCCAAACACCUGUACAGCACCCCGUUGCGUGGUCAUGAUUCAUAGCACUACAAAAGGUGACCAAUGGAACAACUUUAAGUGGCUCGAUGGUUCUUGCACCCUUCCCGUGGAUGGCUUCCUCUGCCGGUACAGCUACAAAGGCAUGUGCCAGGCAAUCCAGAGCGAGGGCGGAGGAUUGCCUUUAUAUACAACCCCCUUCAACCUGAUCACUACUAUGCUCACCCACCUACCAUUUGGCACAGUAGCUACUGUGCCCUGCUUGGAUGGCACAAAGGGCGACCAGUCUGUGUUGUGCAUGUUAAAGGAGGAUGGCACAGUGGGCUGGAACAAGGAUGCCCCUCUGUGCUCCGAUGCUCCCAGGGACUGGUGCAAGCAGGAAAGUGUCGGCUGUGAGCAUUACUGCAUGAAUUUGGAUACUCACUACUACUGCGAGUGCUGGAACGGCUUCCAGCUUGCUGAGGAUGGAAAGAGCUGCAAGCCAGUAGACACCUGCCUUGGAGCACCCUGUGAGUUUGAGUGUCAACCCCUCUCAGGGGGCUACAUUUGCAUGUGUCCGGAAGGUUAUCUCCUGGCCUCCAACGGACAAGACUGCCUGGAUGUGGACGAGUGUCUCCAGAGCCCCUGUCCCCAGCUGUGUGUCAAUGCACCAGGGACUUUCGAGUGCAGCUGCCACCAAGGGUACCAUCCUAAUGUAGGGGGGGAGUGUGUGGAUGUGGAUGAGUGCCUGGAGAACCCCUGCGCUCAUGACUGUGAGAAUAUGCCUGGCUCUUAUGCCUGCCACUGCCACCUUGGGUUUUCUCCUCUUCCAGAGGAUCCAAGUCGUUGCCAGGACACUGAUGAGUGCCAAAUCCCUGGCACGUGCCAACAGAUGUGCGUCAACUAUGAGGGUGGCUUUGAAUGCCACUGUGAGGAGAAUUACGAGCUUCAGGAGGAUCAUUUCUCCUGCAGGAUUGUCACAGAAAACAUGGAUCAUUUGGACGUCUCCCCUGCAUAUUCAGGAAUUACCAACUUACCUGACCUCUCCUGGAUCCCUCAGAUCCCUGAAUUUACCUGGAUACGACUGCCUGGCUGGUUAACAGAAAGCACCCCUCUCAACUGGUUGACAGAGCCACCAAACUUGCAACAGCUACCAACUGAUCUAAGGGGGUUUACAGACGGACCAUCAGAGAGGCCUAUGACCACUACACUGGAUCAUGACAGGCUUGCAGAUGGACUUAUUCCUGGAUGGGUUACACGUGACUGGAUAGAGUAUGCUGUUACAUCUUCAGGACCAACAGCCACGCCGUAUCAGUUUGAAGAGCAAAGCACUCCCAGCACUGCACAUACCAACGAACGGUUUGAGGGUGAAAGCACAACAAAUCCGUCUACACCCUCCACUUCAACACCUGGAUCAGGUUCGCGGCAGUGGUGGCAGCACACGUCACCCCCCAAAACUGCACAUGAAGGCAUUCAGAAAGGGGGGACUGGGCAGCAAAGCUCAGACAAAGACAAAGGCUCAGAGUCUCACACAGGGGUGAGGGAGGGGGCCUCAGGAACUCAUAGCACUCCCUUGCUGAGCACCAAGUCCAAACACGGAAUGACUGGAGGAUCUGGGAGAGCUGCUGAAGAUGUUAGGAGCCUGCCCUCUACAGAGCAGUAUCCUCCACUAGUGUUGAAUACUCUCUUCAGCUCCUUUACUCCAGUGCCAGACACUGCUGGGCAACCAGACAGUGGCAACAAGCAGCGGCAGGACAAAAGCUGGUUGCUGGUGGCCCUGCUGGUGCCGCUUUCUGUUUUUGUGGUGGUCAUGUUGGCGCUGGGCAUUGUAUACUGCACCCGUUGUGCUGUUCAGCCACGCAACAAGAGUGUGACUGCCUGCUAUAGAUGGAUUACCAAUUCCAAGCCAGAUGCUGCCAGCAGCACCAAAUCCCGUGUCUAGUCCAAGGGGAUUAAUGCUUGUACAUAAACUGUUUGACUGAAUAAGUGGCAGCAGAAGAUUGGGAAGACUACCUGUCACUCUCACUCUGUAAACCUGGGUAAAUCGGUGGAAUUUUCUGUAAAAGAAGUUCCUCCUGUAAAUACCUGAUGCUUCUUGAAAAGCAGUUUACGGUGCUAACAUGCAAUGUGUGGAAUUUUCCUUUAAAGACAUGAAAUCAUAAGAGGUGAAGAACAUUGAAGGAGGGCUGUCGGGUUAGUAUAAGCGCUAUUGUGAAGCAUUGUGAAUACUGUAAAUGUUUUUUUUUCCCUUGGUCCACUUAGUUGUGCUAAUGCUAAUAUUUCACAGUUUGUUUGGACCCUGCUUUUAUAUUUAGAGCUUGUUUCCCUUGAAAUGAGUUGGCAGUGGCUUUUAUUAAUGAUAUGAUGGUACACCAUUAAUACAUGUCCAGAGCUGUGAACGCCAUCGUUCUUAAUGUGCCUUUACGUCUCAGACACGGAUGUCACACAUAGACUCUACAGGUAGGACUUUAAACUGGUGCAUCAGAAAUCUGUUGUUUGCAUUUACACAUUGGUGUGUGCACAGGUUCGGAAUGGCAAGAUACUGUGUCUGUAGAUGCUUGAACUUUUGCGUGUCAGUUAAAAACUUUCAAAUGUGUUCUAACUGCAGUGAAUUUUCUGUGUAAUGUACAAAUAACUCACUAGAUUCUACGCCAGUGCUUUUUAAAAAAAAUAUACCCACCAAAUCAAAAAAAAGGAAGUUCAAGUUUUCUUCACUGUACCCAAACAGUUUAAGAAGUUAUUUAAAUGGAAGUUUUAUCUCACUGAGGUUCAUCUGGGCUAAAAGUGAAACUGAGACCCUAAGUUUUGCUUUUCGCUGUAGCUUUUUGCUGUAGCGUCCACAAUUUCAUACACGGAUCAUCGCAAUGUGCGCAUCGUCCAUAUGUUGUACAAGAGCUGCUCCGAAACAAAAUAUUCAGCUAGGAGGUCUAGAAAAGAAUAUGCCGAAAGAGCUAUUGGCAGAGAACAGCCUUUUCAGCUUCUAACGUCCCUGUGCUCCCAUCUUCGACCAGUGGUCUGUUACAUACCUCCCUGCUCCAGGUGUUACUUGUACGCUACUCCUUGGUUACCUUUGCUCUUUUUCCAUGACAAAGUAGCACCUUGUUAGCCACAGAAAUGUUGGAGCACCAGGUCCGACAGUGUUUGCCUAGCCUUGAGCAGCCACUUUAUCCAUUUGAAUGUUUCCAGGCAAUGCUCCGCACAGAAGACGAGUACUGACCUCACCUCUUCUUGCUUCUCAUUUAACGAUACAAGUGAAAACAAUGUUCUUGAUCCAGGUUUAUUGCCUCAUUUUUGGUCAACCUACUGUACCAAUGUUAAUUUUAAAUCCUUUUAGAACUGUUGGGAAACUAAAGACUUACUGGUAGAUUUGUCUUAAAAUGUACAAAGCUAUACUGAAAAGUAUGAUAUGUUGCACUACAUCACAGAAUAACUUCUUUCUAGGCUAUACAAUAAAUCUGGCAGUGUAAUUUUUUGGUGGGAAGGUUGGAGGGAUGGAGGGUGCACCAAUAUUGACAAAUAAACAUUAUAGUUUUGAUGCCAAGUGGUUCAUUUGGUAAUUUUAUAUAAAAAAGGUAAAUUGGUUUUCAUGCCAUGUAUCUGUG